UGCAACAAACAAAAAUCACUAGUCAAUCCAAUACUCCAAAUCAAUAUAUAUAUAUAUGAGAAAAAUAGUCUCCCUUGCCAUGAAAAGUGUAAAAAAGGCCAUCCAUCCAGCCUUGAUCAGUCAUCACCACCAUUGAUGGAUAUUCACAAAGCAUUCCACAUGAAGGGAGGAGUUGGAGACAACAGCUACUCCAAGAACUCUUCACUUCAGAAAAGAGUGGCUGACAAGGUGAAGCAUGUAACCACGGAGGCCAUCCAACAAGUAUUCAUAACCAAGAAGCCCAAGAGCCUAGGCAUCGCCGACCUCGGUUGCGCCUCCGGCCCCAACGCCCUCUCCAUCAUAAAACAAGUGGUGGAAGCAGUCGAAAGCGCCAGCCGCGCCAUCCAACAACCGCCACCGGAAUUCCGCAUCUAUCUAAACGAUCUCCACACCAAUGACUUCAACACCAUAUUCCAAGGCUUGCCCGAUCUCUACAAAGAGCUCAACCGAGGAACAAAGCAGCAGCCGCCUCUCUACAUAGCGGCGUGCCCGGGCACUUUCUACGGACGCCUCUUCCCCGAGCGCAGCCUGCAUUUCGUCUACUCCUCCAACAGCCUCCACUGGCUCUCGAUGGUGCCACGCGGCAUCUACGACGGAGAGGGGCGGUCGAUGAAUGGAAAGAGCAUAUACAUAUCAGAGAGAAGCCCUCCGGCGGUGAGGAGAGCUUACUUAGAGCAGUUUCAAGAGGACUUUUCGUUGUUCCUCAAGUCGCGGUCGCGGGAACUUAUCCACGGUGGCCGGAUGGUCCUCGUGAUGUUGGGAAGGACAGCCUCCGACCACACCCACUGUGCAAAUUUAUUCUUGUGGGAACUUCUCUACCAAUCUCUAGCGCAUCUCGUUGCUCAGGGUGAAGUUGAGGAGGAGAAGCUGGAGAGCUACGACGUGCAUUUCUAUGCGCCAUCGAAGGAGGAGUUGGAAGACGAGGUGAGGAAGGAGGGUUCGUUCCGAACGGAGAUGGUCGAGGUGUUUGAAAUGGAGAGGGCCGACAUGAGUGGGAGCUACGGGACGGCGGUGGCGAAGGCUGUGAGGUGUAUUCAAGAAUCGAUGUUGGCUCACCACUUUGGGGAGGGGAUCUUGGACAAGCUAUUCCACCACUACGCCGCAUUGAUCGAUCAAGAAUCGGCCAAAUGCGAUGUUAGAUCCACUACCGCUGUCCUCCUCCUCACCAAAUUAUGACUCCAACUUCUUCAAGUAAUCUAUGUUUUUAUAAAGGCUAGGUUGUUGUUUCAUUAGAUAUAAUAUGCACGUUAUUUUAAUUAAAUUAGGGAAGUCUCUUGUAUGUCAUGUAGAAAGUGGAUUGAUUUUAUCUUUUUAAGUUGGCUCAAUUUGGAAGGUUGUGUUAGAUUAUUAAAAUA